AUGGAGGGAACAGGGAUGGGACCGCGUGGCACAGCCUCGGUGGCUAUGGGACUGUGGGUCUUUGUGACGGCGGUCUUGGCGUUGGACCCUGACGACGUGGUGGUGCCUGGUCGCUGUGUCCUCUCUCACUACCGCUCCCUGGACCCUCAGGCGCUGGUGGCCGUCAAGGCGCUGAGGGACCACUAUGAGGAAGAGACGUUGAGCUGGAGGCCACGCAACUGCUCGUUCCGCUUGAGGAGGGACCCUCCGCCGCCGUCGUCCUGUGCGCGGCUCCGCCUGGUGGCCCGCGGCCUCGCCGACGCCCAGGCGGUGCUGAGCAGCCUGCCGAGCCCCGAGCUGUUCCCCGGCGUCGGCCCGACCCUGGAGCUGCUGGCGGCCGCGCGGCGGGACGUGGCGGCCUGUCUGGAGCUGGUCCGGCCAGGCUCCGGGAGGAAGUCCCUGCGGCCGCCCAGGAGGCGUCACAGAGCUGACUCGCCUCGAUGCCACGAAGCCACCGUCAUCUUCAACCUGCUGCGCCUGCUCGCGUGGGACCUGCGGCUGGUGGCGCAUUCGGGGCCUUGUCUGUGA